GCCCACUUCCGGUCUGGGCGGUGAUCCCGGAAGCAGACGUCUUCGGCGGUCGGGGAGGGGGGGCUGAGACCCCCCCCCCCAGAUCGUGACGGCGGCAGUUUGGCCUGGCUGUGGGGGUGUGGCGGGGCGCUCUCCUUGGAGCCUCUGGGGGGCCGAACUUCAGUGCCCGGUGCCUCUGACAGGAGGGUAUCGGCCACGCAGUCCCGCCCCGAAGCAGUACCAUUAAAUGAUGGUGGUAUGACAGCUUUGGGAGUUUAGGACACUUUCUGACCAUGGAGGAGACUGAUCGGGAAGCAGUAGCCACAGCUGUCCAAAGGGUAGCUGGAAUGCUCCAAAGACCUGACCAGCUGGACAAAGUGGAACAGUACCGCAGAAGAGAGGCUCGUAAAAAAGCCUCCGUGGAGGCUAGACUGAAGGCUGCAAUCCAGUCACAACUGGAUGGUGUCCGGACCGGUUUGAGCCAACUCCAUAAUGCCUUAAAUGAUGUAAAAGAUAUACAGCAGUCUCUGGCAGAUGUCAGUAAAGACUGGAGACAGAGCAUCAACACUAUUGAAAAUCUUAAGGACGUGAAGGAUGCGGUAGUGCAGCAUAGCCAGCUGGCUGCUGCCGUAGAAAAUCUCAAAAACAUCUUCUCAGUACCAGAGAUUGUUAGAGAAACUCAAGACUUAAUUGAACAAGGAGAAUUUUUGCAAGCCCAUCGAAGGCUGAUGGACCUAGAAUGUUCUCGGGAUGGCCUGAUGUAUGAGCAGUACCGAAUGGAUAGCAAGAAUACUCAUGACAUGACUCUCAUCAAACUUUAUUUUGGGGACAUGGAGAAACUUUCUGAGGAGUUAGGCAAGCAGCUGUGGAUGGUGUUGCAACGGUCCUUAGUUACUGUUCGUCGGGAUCCUACCUUGCUUGUUUCGGUUGUCAGGAUAAUUGAAAGAGAAGAAAAAAUUGAUAGGCGUAUGCUUGACAGAAAAAAACAAACUGGGUUUAUUCCUAGUGGGAGACCCAAAAAGUGGAAAGAAAAAAUGUUUAACAUUUUGGACAGAACUGUGACUACUAGAAUUGAGGGUACCCAGGCGGAUACCAGGGAAUCUGACAAAAUGUGGCUUGUUCGUCACUUGGAAAUUAUACGGAAAUAUGUUCUUGAUGAUCUCCUAGUUGCAAAAAACCUAAUGGUUCAGUGUUUUCCUCCUCAUUAUGAUAUUUUCAAAAAACUUUUAAACAUGUACCAUCAAGCUUUGUCCACACGCAUGCAGGAGCUUGCAUCAGAAGACCUAGAAGCAAAUGAAAUUGUUAGCCUCUUAACCUGGGUUUUAAAUACUUACACAAGUGCAGAGAUGAUGGGAAAUUUGGAACUGGCCCCAGAAGUGGAUAUAAAUACCCUGCAGCCCUUAAUUUCACAAAAUGUGGUUUCUGACCUGCUCGACACAUAUAUGUCAACGCUUACAUCAAAUAUUAUUGCCUGGCUACGAAAAGCUCUAGAGACAGAUAAGAAAGACUGGAUUAAAGAAACUGAACCUGAAGCGGACCAAGAUGGUUUCUAUCAGACAACACUCCCUGCUAUUGUUUUCCAGAUGUUUGAACAGAAUCUUCAAGUUGCCGCACAGAUAAGUGAAGAUUUGAAAACCAAAGUACUACUUUUAUGUCUUCAGCAAAUGAAUUCUUUCUUGAGUAGAUACAAAGAUGAGGCACAAUUAUAUAAAGAAGAGCACCUAAGAAAUCGGCAACACCCACACUGCUACGUUCAGUAUAUGAUAGCUGUCAUCAACAAUUGCCAGACCUUUAAAGAGUCAAUAGUCAGCUUAAAAAGGAAGUAUUUGAAAAACGAAACAGAUGAGGGAGUUUCAAUGUGCCAGCCUGGCAUGGAUGUGAUCCUAGAUACCAUUGCAAAGGAUGGCUGUAGUAGCCUGCUAGAUGAAGUUUUCCUGGAUCUAGAGCCACAUCUCAGUGAAUUGAUGACAAAGAAAUGGUUAAUAGGAUCAAAUGCUGUGGAUACAAUUUGUGUCACUGUGGAAGAUUAUUUCAAUGACUUUGCUAAAAUUAAAAAGCCGUAUAAGAAGAAAAUGACAAUUGAAGCUCACCGAAGGGUGGUGGUAGAAUACAUCAAAGCCAUCAUGCAGAAGCGGAUCUCUUUCAAGAAUGCUGAGGAACGCAAAGAGGGUGCAGAGAGGAUGAUCAAGGAAGCAGAGCAGUUCAGAUUCUUGUUUAGAAAACUCGCUUCUGGAUUUGGAGAGGACACAGAUGGACACUGUGAUACCAUUGUAGCCAUUGCAGAAGUUAUUAAGCUGACUGAUCCUUCACUGCUUUAUCUUGAAGUUUCCACUCUGGUCAGCAAAUAUCCAGAUAUCAGAGAUGAUCACAUCGCAGCUUUGCUGACCGUGAGAGGAGAUGCUAGCAGAGACAUGAAGCAGACUAUUAUUGAAACUCUGGAACAAGGUCCAACUCAAAUAAAUCCAAAUUAUGUGCCAAUUUUUAAAGACAUCACAGUUCCUUCACUGAAUGUGACUAAACUUCUUAAGUAACUAACCAGACAACGUCUAGUUUCUGUAUAAUUAUUCUUAUGGUUCAUCAGCAUCCUUAGAAAUGAUUAAGGCAAGUGUGACACACUAAUUCAGACAUAAUUCUUUGAACUUCUGUACCUGCUUGCUCUGGGGCUGACAAGGAUUGUUUUAGGCUUAUCUGACCCCAAAGAUUAUUGCUAAUCUGGCCAUUUGAAGAAUGAGGCAUUCUGAUAGCCAGUGUACUGUGUAAAGUUGUUCAGGAUUCAGAAAUGUUAAUCAUGUGGCUUCUUUAGUGUCUAAUAAAAUGAUUUUAAAAGGUUUUCAGAAGUAAUGAAAUGUACAGUCAGAUUCUGUAUUCAUUUAAUUUUCACUGCUUAUAAAGCACUUCUGCUUAAUUAAAAGUUUCAUGCAUAC